UUUUUUUCUUCUUUACAUUAUAAACAUGGUUGUAAACGCUUUUACCCUUCAACGCAAAUACCCUCAACUUCAGGUCAAUGACAUUAACAAACUGAUUGACCAGUUCGCUGAAAUAGACUUGGACGGAGAUGGUUAUCUCGACCAAAAAGAAAUUCAAAAGGCUUGUAAAGAAACUGGUUACAGUGACAAUUAUGAUGAAAUUCGUGCUACUCUUAAAGACGUCAGUACCAAUGCCGCUGGUAAAAUUGAUGUGGAAGAAUUUAUCGAGCUCGCAGCAAAGUUAAAGGAUGGUCGUAACAAGGGUGCUUUUGAUGUUCAUCAAAACAAGAUCAAGGUCCAUGGUACCAAUGCUAAUGUAACACAUACAAUUAAUGAGGAUGAACGUUCUGAAUUUACCCGACACAUCAAUGGUGUGCUUGCUGGUGAUGUACAUAUUGGCAACCGUUUCCCCAUUCCCACCAACACAAUGCAAUUAUUUGACGAGUGCAAAGACGGUCUUAUUCUUUGUAAGUUGAUUAACGAUGCUGUACCUGACACCAUUGAUGAACGUGUUUUGAAUGCUGGUAAAAAGAUCAACAAUUUCCAAAUGGUGGAAAACAACAAUAUUGUAAUCAAUUCAGCCAAAGCCAUUGGUUGCUCUGUGGUUAACAUUGGUUCAACUGAUUUAAUUGAAGGACGUGAGCAUUUGAUUCUGGGUUUAAUCUGGCAAAUCAUUAAACGCGGACUUUUAAGCAAGAUUGAUAUCAAGCAACAUCCCGAAUUAUACAGACUCUUGGAAGAUGGUGAAACAUUGGAAGACUUCUUAAAGUUACCUCCUGAUCAAAUCUUAUUAAGAUGGUUCAAUUAUCAUUUGAAGGCAGCUGGUUGGGAAAGACGUGUAAAGAAUUUCUCCAAGGAUGUGGCCGAUGGUGAAAAUUAUACCGUCCUUUUGAACCAACUCAAGCCAGAAUCCUGUUCUCGUGCCCCACUUAGCGAACGCGAUCUUUUACGUAGAGCAGAAAUGAUCUUGUCCAACGCUGAAAAGAUUGGUUGCCGUAAAUACUUGACUCCUACUGCUUUAAUCGCCGGUAAUCCUAAAUUGAAUUUGGCCUUUGUCGCUCAUCUCUUCAACACCCACCCUGGAUUGGAACCUUUGUCCGAAGAAGAAGCUCCCGAGAUUGAAGAAUUUGAUGCCGAAGGCGAGCGUGAAGCCAGAAUGUUCACACUUUGGCUUAAUAGUUUGAACGUGGAUCCCGGUGUCUACAACUUGUUUGAGGAUUUACAGGAUGGUUUAGUCUUAUUACAAGCAUUUGAAAAGGUUGUUCCCGGUAGUGUCAAUUGGCGCAUGGUGGGUAAGAAGCAACCUCUUUCCCGAUUCAAGCAAAUUGAAAAUUGUAAUUAUGCCGUCAGUCUUGGUCAAGAACUCCGAUUCUCACUCGUGGGUAUUCAAGGAGCUGAUAUUGUGGAUGGACAAAAGACCUUGACCUUGGGUUUAACAUGGCAAUUGAUGCGAGAGAAUAUCAUUCAUACCUUGCAAUCACUCACAAAGGGUGGUCGCUCUAUUUCCGACAGUGAUUUGGUGCGUUGGGCUAACGAGACAGUGCAACGUGGAGGUAAAUCUAGUAAGAUGACAUCCUUCAAGGAUCGCACACUUUCUACGGGUAUCUUUUUCUUGGAUGUGCUGAAUGGUAUUAAGCCUGGAUACGUGGAUUAUAACUUGGUGACAAGCGGAAGAACUGAAGAAGAUGCAUUUAACAAUGCUAAACUUGCUAUUUCCAUUGCUCGUAAAUUGGGCUCCACUAUUUUCCUUGUGCCCGAGGAUAUUGUUGAAGUCAGAGCAAAGAUGAACUUGACUUUUAUUGGUAGCUUAAUGCAAGUAGAUAGAGAAAUCAAUCAUUAAGCCCAAACUCUAUCCAUUGUGAUUGACUGUACUAAUAGGCUGCAUAUGCCACCACUCCUUUUAUUUUAAUAAACAAAAAAGAAAGAUCAAUUAACGAUUAAUUCUACAAAGGCGUCGUGUGUGCAUGUCACAGUGAGCAUUUAUAGCAUGUGUUUACCCCUUAUUUCCCACAUUUACUUUAUUGUAUGUGUGUUACCAAGGUCACUGUCUCAAAUGAUGUAGUCAUGUGGCUCCCACACUAAGGGGGCGCUGCUGUUGUUGUUGACAAAAUAGAAAUAUGCGCACUCAAGAUCUACAAAAAAAAAAAACUUAUUUGUGUGGCUCGUUUUUAUUUUCUAUAUAAGUUUGCAUCGAUUUUUCUAAAUAAACUAGCGUGUGACUCUUUCCCCUUUUUUCUUUUUUUUUUUUCUUUCUCUUAGAAAAUGGUUUCUGCUAUACAUAAUCAUCAAGAUUGGCAAUGCAAAGCAGAAUAU